UGCAGUGCACACGAAGGUCGAAGGAUACGGAGCUAGAGAAGAGGGAUGGCAGGAUUCGACGACCCAGGUGUGUUCUACUCUGAGCCGUUCUUCUCCGAGGACGUGACUGAAGAUGGGGAGAUCUCCCGCACGUCUGCCGUGCGUCGUUUCAAGGAAUUCAUCAAGACAUUUCUGGACCACGAGAACGUAUACAGCUACAGAGAGCAACUAAAGAAGCGCUACAACUUGCGGCAGUACAAGCUGCUGGUGGUAAUGGAGGACCUGGCCAGUUUCGAUGCUCAGCUGGCUGACCGUCUGACCCGCCUCCCUGCCGAUUACCUACCACUGUUUGAGCAUGCAGCAAAGGAGGCGGCUGACGAGGUCACGAGACCACGCCCAGAAGGGGAGGAGGUUCGCGACAUGCAGAUUCUCCUCAGCUCUGAUGCUAAUCCUCUUCAAAUCAGAGACCUCAGAUCAGAGCACAUGGCCCGACUGGUGAAGGUACCAGGGAUAGUCAUCCAGGCCUCGGGGCUGCGAGCCAAGGCCACCCGUCUCACUCUCCAGUGUCGCAGCUGUCGUAACAUCAUCCCCAACAUGGCCGUCAAACCAGGUCUGGAGGGAGUUUCCCUCCCUCGCAGGUGCUCCUCCGACCAGACGGGGCGACCCAAGUGUGCCAUGGACCCUUUCUUUGUCGUCCCUGACAAAUGUAAAUGUGUGGACUUUCAGGUCCUGAAAAUACAGGAGAGUCCAGAUUCCGUUCCAAAGGGGGAGUUGCCUCGUCACAUUCAGCUGUACCUGGACCGCUACCUCACCGACUGCAUCGUCCCCGGGAACCGCAUCACAGUCAUUGGCAUCUACUCCAUCAGGAAGGCCGGGACAAAACCUCAGAAGACUGGCAGGGAGAAGGCGAGCAGUGCCGGGCUGAGGAAGCCAUACCUGCGCGUCGUCGGAAUUGAGGUCGACAGUGACGGAGCAGGUAGAGCUAGUGGUCAACCUUUGACCUCCGAGGAAGAGGAGGAAUUCCGUCGCCUUGCCUCCCGUCCUGACAUCUACGAGGUGAUCGCCAGGUGAACUAAUCACCAGUCGGUGUGGCUUCCUCUAUCACGUGACUCCACCCACAGGUCGAUCUCUCCUUCCAUAUAUGGAAGCCUGGACAUCAAGAAGGCGAUAGCCUGUCUGUUGAUUGGAGGAUCGAGGAAGAGGCUGCCCGAUGGUCUCACGCGGCGAGGAGACAUCAACAUUCUCCUCCUCGGGGACCCUGGGACCGCCAAGAGCCAGCUGCUCAAGUUUGUUGAGAAGGUGGCUCCAAUUGGAGUGUACACGUCUGGGAAGGGUAGCAGUGCGGCGGGACUGACAGCCAGUGUCAUGAGAGAUCCGGUUUCUCGGAACUUCAUCAUGGAGGGUGGGGCCAUGGUCCUCGCAGAUGGGGGCGUGGUCUGCAUUGACGAGUUUGACAAGAUGAGGUCGUCUGACAGGGUUGCGAUCCACGAAGCCAUGGAGCAGCAGACCAUCUCCAUUGCAAAAGCAGGGAUCACAACAACCCUCAACUCUCGCUGCUCCGUCCUGGCCGCUGCAAACUCUGUGUUUGGUCGCUGGGACGACAGCAAGGGAGAUGCCAACAUAGACUUCCUCCCAACCAUCCUCUCCCGCUUCGACAUGAUCUUCAUCAUCAAAGAUGAACACGAUGUUGCCAAGGACACUCGAAUGGCGAAGCAUGUGAUGCAGGUGCACCUGAAUGCCCUCCAGCCUGCGACAGAGGAUGCUGUGGAGGCAGAGCUGGACCUGCCAACACUCAAGAAGUUCAUCACCUUCUGCCGGAGGAGGUGUGGUCCGAGACUGUCUGAACAGGCGGCAGACAAACUCAGGAAUCGUUAUGUGGUAAUGAGGGGUGGGGCCAGACAGCACGAGAGAGACACAGCCAAGAAAGCCUCCAUACCCAUCACCGUCAGGCAGCUGGAAGCCAUCAUCAGAAUCUCAGAGUCACUGGCGAAGAUGUCUCUCCUGCCAUUUGCUCUGGAGAGCCAUGUCGACGAGGCACUUCGGCUGUUCCAGGUCUCCACCAUGGACGCCGCCCUCUCCGGCAGUCUCACUGGGGCAGAGGGGUUUGCGUCGGAAGGAGAUCAGGAGGAGGUGAGGAAGGUGGAGAGACAGCUGAAGAACAGAUUCCCCAUUGGCUCCCACGUCUCUGAGCAGAGGAUCGUUCAAGACUUCCUCAAACAGAACUAUUCGGAGCAGGCGAUACUGACUAUCAUCCACAUCAUGUUGAGGAGAGGGGAGCUGCAGCACCGCAUGCAGCGAAAGGUUCUCUUCAGAGUUCGCUGACCUUCUCCGCCACCAAGUC